CUUUCCACUUGAGUCCCUGGUGUCAGCUCAUUAUUUACCAGUUGAUUUUUAAACACAAAGUAGAUACAGAAGCGAAUGGUGGCUAAUCUGGUGUGUUUCUUAUAGCAAACUGUUGUUCAUGCGACACUUGUGCUCAAAGGGGAAGGCACAGGAUUUCCCUACAAUGAGCCACCUUAUAAAGAAUUCUUUUUUUGUACAAAUUAAUUUAUGUCACAUUUAAUUUAGUGUGCAUAACUUCAAAACUGAGGCAUUAUUCCAAUUUAUAAAAACCAUUUGCAUAACCUUUAUGCAAGUUUUAAAAAUACAAAGUUUUCUCCCUAAAGUGGCUCAAAAUAGAUUGUUCAUGGCUGCCUACAUCGAAGGUAAAAAGACUAAAACAAUUGGACAGAUUAGGCAUCUUAUUGUUGUUCAAACAUUACUUGAUUUGUACAUCUACUCAAACCUCUUCAUCGGUCUUUAUUCAGCAGUACAUAUGCACCAAAUUCCAUUUUAGAAGUUUCCAUGUCAUUUUCAUAGAAGACAAAGUUUGAAAACAAGUAACAUUUAAACACAGCACGGUAUUCUACCACAAAUGAAGCUUUUUCUUCUUCUUUGCAGGACUUAACAAAAUCUAAAAACGAACUAUGCUGUAGAUUUACCUCAUGCAGAAAUCUUUAUGUUAUCUCUGAAAAUGAAAGGACGGCUUUUAAAGUACAUUUUACUGUUUUAUACUAUGAUGGCAACUGUGUACUCCAACAGUCUAUUUUGAGGGAAAUUUAUGAUUUUUUUUCCCAUGCAAAAAUCUACACAAAUGUGUUCUGAUGAUAUCACCACCGUUCUUGUGUGUUGAUUGUGGAGACGAGUAAGACGAAGUCCUUGACCACAUCAACUUUCCUCCAUUUCUCACGGUGUGACCUGUGGGUGCAGUUGGGAGGAGCUGGUCUUCCUACACUGAGUUGUCAUCUAUAGCAAAGCCUGCGGUCCUGCAUCUUCCUCCGCAAGCGCCCGAGGUCCUCUGUGCAGUACAUACACAUUUCGAAUUUUCAUGUUUCGCCACCAAUCGACCCUUUUAUCAUUCCGUAGUUCUAUUCUGUAGUGGGCUCCUUUGUCUUGACAUUGGGAGCCUCUCUAGAGAAUCAGGUACACCCCCACCCCCCCGACUGCCGAGCGGGCUGCUGGGCUCUGCGGGUGGGGAGUGCUUGGAGUUGUUUGCCCCUCUGCGUUCGGCACCUUGCUUCUGCACCAUGGCUCUUUCCAGAGCUCCACUUCACAGCCUUCUGGAAGUUUCCAGUGAAGAUGGGCUCUUUCUCAGAGGUCCACGGAGCCCCGAGGCCCCAGUUCUGCGGAGACCUCUGUGACUGCCCACUGCCCCGUCUGCCAGAGCCGCCAGACACCUCUCGUUUGGGCUGCUCUUCCGACUCUUCUUGGUUUUCUUCUAAGCCGUUACGGGGUUCUUGUGCAUGACUUCGGACUCUAAAAGAAAGAACUCUCUAUUUUAUGGUGGCUGCACUGCUUUCUGUGUGAUUUCGUGGGGAUGCUGGAAACCGGAGAUGAGGUCGAGGGAAACCGCUGCCCACGGUGGGCUCCACCCACGGGUGGUGUCUUAGAGCCUGUGUCUGCCUCUGCACAGACUCCCUGGUCACCAGCAGGACUUACGUUGCUGGACCUGGUCAGACAGGCGGCCUGCUAAGGGUGCCCCUCAUGAGGAAGGUUCAGUAACUGGGCCGGAGGCACUCUGGGCCACCAGGGAGGCCGGCUGCAGCCGCAGGGCUGGAGCAAAAGCAAAGAAAGGACUGGCGCACCCAGCGGUCCCUUGGGUGUGCAAGGCGUGUGGUUUGACUUGAGCAAAGGAAGGGCUCACCAGUUUGCACUGAGGCUCCGCCCCUUGCCUCUUUCCCCCUGGGAUGGCUCUUCAGGGGCUUUUGACCUCUGCCCUGCUCCAGCUUAGCCAGGGGCCUGAGGGGAGGGAAUGACUCCACUGGCCCCUUGCUGCCCUCUCAGUUCACCUGUCCCUCCUCUGUUCCUUCCUGACGACCGCCCCCCUCCCCGCCAGGUGUUUGACAACACCCCGGCUGCCCUGGACGGCACUGUGGCAGCUGGGGAUGAGAUCACUGGCGUCAACGGCCGGUCCAUCAAAGGGAAGACGAAGGUAGAGGUGGCCAAGAUGAUUCAGGAGGUGAAGGGAGAAGUGACCAUCCACUACAACAAGCUGCAGGCAGACCCAAAGCAAGGCAUGUCCCUGGACAUCGUGCUGAAGAAGGUGAAGCACCGGCUGGUGGAGAACAUGAGCUCGGGCACGGCGGAUGCGCUGGGACUGAGCCGGGCCAUCCUGUGCAACGAUGGGCUGGUCAAGAGACUGGAGGAGUUGGAGCGGACGGCAGAGCUGUACAAAGGGAUGACAGAGCACACCAAGAGCCUCCUCCGUGCCUUCUACGAGCUGUCCCAGACACACCGGGCCUUUGGGGACGUGUUCUCCGUGAUUGGGGUACGGGAGCCCCAGCCGGCCGCCAGCGAGGCAUUCGUCAAGUUCGCCGAUGCCCACCGCAGCAUCGAGAAGUUCGGCAUCCGGCUGUUGAAGACCAUCAAGCCGAUGCUGACAGACCUAAACACGUACCUCAACAAAGCCAUCCCAGACACCCGCCUCACCAUCAAGAAAUACCUGGACGUGAAGUUUGAGUACCUGUCGUACUGCCUGAAGGUCAAGGAGAUGGACGAUGAGGAGUACAGCUGCGUGGCCCUCGGGGAGCCCCUGUACCGAGUGAGCACAGGUAACUACGAGUACCGCCUGAUCCUGCGCUGCCGCCAGGAGGCCCGCAGCCGCUUCUCGCAGAUGCGCAAGGACGUGCUGGAGAAGAUGGAGCUGCUGGACCAGAAGCACGUCCAGGACAUCGUCUUCCAGCUGCAGCGCUUCGUGUCCACCAUGUCCAAGUACUACAACGACUGCUACGCCGUGCUGCGCGGUGCCGACGUCUUCCCCAUCGAGGUGGACCUGGCGCACACCACGCUGGCCUACGGCCUCGGCCAGCAGGACUUCACCGACGGCGAGGACGAGGAGGACGGCGAAGACGAGGACACGGCCACCAGGGAGCCGGCCCGGGAUGUGCGAGGGGCCGGCGGGCCCCAGGACAAGAAUGGCAGCUGGAGCGGCUCCUGAGCCCGCAGGGUGCGGAUCUGGGGGCAGGGGGAGCGGGCGGCCCGCCGGACCGAUCAACCGAUCACUGACCGCAGCGUGGCGCAUAAAGGCGUGCUGGCUGGGGCGCCGCCUCCCUGCCCUCUGUCCUAGCACAGCGAGCCCCCUGCCCUGCCGGGCACCUGGACAGGACCCUCCAGCCUGCCUUCCCAGCUCCCAGCCUGCUGGAGGUCCUGGGGCCAAGGCCGGCCCCAGGAAGGAGCAAGGGCAGAAGGAAGAGGGACAGUGUGGUGGAAAGUCCAGGAGCAGCCCUUGGGGCCACUGCCGCCAACCCCACCUAGGAGUGGGGGGGCCUGGAGCAGCCGAGGUGGUGGCUGGUGCCUCCUGUGCACCCGCCUUGCCCAGGCGGCCCCCGUCCUCCAGCUCACCGCGGUGGCCUUUAUUUAUUCUGCUCCCCCAGCUCAGCCCCUUCUCUGGGCGUGGCUGGGUCCAGGCCUGUAUGUAAUAAACACCCAGAUGGA